AUGCCAUUAUCAGAUAGUAUUAAACGUAGUUUCAAAGCUCGGGUCAAGCCUAGGCGUCAAGGCCUCAAUGAAAGCAACAUCUUUGGAGACGGAGCGCCUUCCACAGGCGGAGUUCAAGAAAGAACUCCCAGUUCUUCCAAAAACGCCAGGCCAUACGAGGCACGCACAUCCGAAUAUCUUAUCCCUUAUCCAUCUGAAACAUUAGAUGAUGUCAACGAUGAUAUUGACAAUGAUGGCAACAGUGAAGAGAGCUGUUUUACCGACUUAUCAUUAGAGAAUUCUAUAGCCCGUUCUGUUUCAAAUAGUACAUCUCCUGGUUAUUCAACCGCUUUGUCUCCUCGUCCGCGAUCUUGGAGUCGCCACAGUCAACAGGAAACUACUGCUAGCGAUCAAUUCGUGAGCGACUCUCAGCGGAGUCAUGAUCAUAUUCGCUUAGAUAGCGACAGCAAUAUCCCAGCAGAAGACUUAGAAAUAUUUGGUUCCCCUCUAGAGAGAGUUAAAACUAAAGAGGCUUAUCCAAGCUCGAGUUCCAGCAUGCAAGAUCCAAUUAGUCCCCAGAUGGGAGAAGAUGUUAAACAAUCAACUUCUAGCUCCAGACCAAGGAAUUUACAUUCCGAAGAUCAUUUCGCUGCCAAUAACUCUACUGGAAUGGAUACCCUACAGCCGCUCUUUACAUCUCAAGAAACACAAAUGUCACACCGACAACAAAACCCUGAGCGUAUGAUGGUACCUAAACCUCGGUAUUCUCCAUCAGAACACCCUCAUCGUGAGAUCGGCUUUUACAAUGGCGUAUUCUUCGAUCAUACUUCUAAGAAUCUUCAUAUCAAAGACGAUGUUCGAGAUAGUGCGAUUAAGGAAAUCUAG